CUCCCCCCACCCCGGGUGAAAACUGCGGGCGCCGGGCGGGGUGCAGCUGGUGGCGGCUGGAGCGCGUCCGGACCGGGCUGCAGCAGCGGAGAAACCCAGGUCCUGGACUGAGCUCUCGGCACCAUGAACCCCACCAUUACCACCGUGCUCCUGUUGGCAGUCUUGCAGGUGGCGUGCGGGCAGAAGGUGAACAGCCUAACGGCCUGCCUGGUGAACCAGAGCCUGCGCGUGGACUGCCGCCAUGAUAACAGCAGCAGCCUGCCCCUCCUCUACGAGUUCAGCGUGACGCGGGAGACCAAGAAGCAUGUGCUGUCGGGCAACAUCGGCGUGGUGGAGCACGCCUACCGCACCCGCACCAACGUCAGCUCCAAGUACAACAUCAAGGUGCUCUACCUGCACGGCUUCACCAACAAGGACGAGGGCGUCUACGCGUGUGAGCUGCGCGUCUCGGGCCAGCCCGGCACCGUCUCCAACAUGAACAUCUCCGUAUUCCGGGACAAGCUGGUCAAGUGUAAGGGCAUCAGCCUGCUGUCCCAGAGCCCCUCGUGGGCGCUGCUACUGCUGUUGGCGCUUCCCCUGCAGGCUGUGGGCGCCAUCUCCCUGUGAUGGGCAAGGACCCCCCACACACACAGCACCGACACCCCCCGUGCACAGAGCCCUUCUCUGAGUAGGCUCACCCCUCCCCAGAUUCGCGGGGAGCCCCUGGUAUGGGAUCCCAGUGCUGCAUGCCCUCCUCCCGCUCCCCCCCGACCCUCUGCCCCUGCUGUCCUCCCACUGUCUCUACAUUCCGUCCCCAAGCCGGGCCUGGGGGUUCACUGAGACGGGUCCCUCCUUUUCUCUAGGGUUUGGGGAAGAAAGGGAUAUUGGGGUUGGGCCUGACAGAGCGUGAGGGCAGGAGCAGAAUGGAGUUCACUGGAAUUGGAGGUCCGGGAGCACCCCAGAGAAGAGAAGAGGGUGAGGCUGGGAGGGCCUGGCAGAGCCCUGGGUGGGGGGCAGAGCUGCUCCCUGGGAGACUUGCAGCAAAGGUCUAUGCCAGCAGGGAACGGGGCAGGGAAUGGGACAGGCUGCGGGAGAGACCGUCCUCCCUCCCUACCGAGGAACCUCAGUCGGGGUCGUGGGUGUUGACCCGAGUCACCCCAACCUCAACCGCAGAGCGUGGGGUGGAGCUAUCCUUUAGUGAAACAGGUGGGAGGCUGCCGUCACAACCCCCACACCGGGACAGCCUAGGAUGAGUCCCGUCCCGUCCCCACCCUAGGAGGCCCAAACCCUCUGGGGCUCAAAUGGAGGCACGGUCUGACCGGGUCAAGCCCCCCAGCCUGAUUCGCCCUCAGCGUGCCCCCUGGCCCGCCGCCUGCCUUCUCAGGGAUCUCUGGGGGGCCUGAGGCAGGCCAGGAAGAGACCCCCAGGAACCGGCUCCCCGACACCCUGCACCCCACCCCGUGACCAUACGGUGCCACCCCGGCUUCGGCAUCUCGUGGAGGAAAGAGCAAAGUGCAUAAUAAACCCCCUGAAGUCUG